AUGCUCUUAUCAGUGAUGCCGAUAAACUGCGGCCUCGGCCUCGGCCUGGUCCGUGCGGCCAAUUUUCCGGAGACCGCGACGGGCCUGCUUCAACAUGAGCACAACUGGCAAUCACAAUCAUCAGCGAGGAUGAGGAUACGAGCAGCAGCAGCACGGGUCUCCGUGCCCAGAAAGGCAGUCACCAGGCCAUUAAUCGACCAAAUACCACAGACUACCACGCCUGCCAAAAUAAUCCCAACUCCCUCCUCAAACCCAAACAAGCGCACUCUCGAAGAACUCACGCCCACCGAUCUAUGCUACUACUGGGAUACCAAACCCCCAACACCAUCCCAACUCGCCUUCGCAGACAAAAUAUUCAUUCCCUCCCGCCAUUCACCCCUAAAGCUAUGGUCCGCCAGCAAAUUCCGCACUACACCUCUCUCCUCCGUCGAGCCCGAAGUCGCAUUCCUCGGCCGCUCGAAUGUCGGCAAGAGCUCUUUGCUAAACGCAAUCAUGGGACAGGACAUAUGCUGGACGUCCUCUAAACCGGGGCGCACGCGGGAAAUGAACGCAUUCGGGAUAGGCGGUACGAAAGGGGGCGAGCAUAAAGUUGUGUUGCUGGAUAUGCCCGGUUACGGCAAGGCGAGUCGCUCGGAAUGGGGAAUGGAGAUUAUGAAGUAUCUCCAGGGGAGGAAACAACUCCGCCGAGCCUUCAUCCUCAUCGACAGCGAACACGGCAUAAAACAAAACGACGCCGACAUCCUCAGCCUCUUCCGCCGCUACGCAAUCCCCCACCAAAUAAUCCUCUCGAAAGUAGACAAAAUCCUCGCCAAGAACAAGAAACAAAUAAAGUCCGGCGCUUCGGCAAUCGGAAUCCAGCGGCUACAGGAUCUUCUACACAAGUUGCAGCCGCAGGUGCAGCCUGAUCAGAGUGUAUCGAAUGGGCCCGGUGCCUUAGGGGAGAUUUUGACGUGUAGUGCUGAUACGCAUGUUGGGCCUGGUCGGGUGUUGGGCGUUGAUGCGGUGCGAUGGGCUAUUUUGUCGGCGGCGGGUAUUGAUGGGAGUCUGGAGGGUGUGCAGUCUACGUCGGAGGGUUUUACUUGA